AACUCUUUCUGAAUAAAACUGACUGGCGAUGCUUUAAUGGAACCAUAAAGUUAUUAUUUAAUUUUAAAGGUCUCUUUACGUUUCUUUAAUUAGCCUUUUGGGGAUUAUCAUCAUCAUCACAGCAUGGAACAUGAAGAGGAGACGGGCUAUGGGCAGCAGACUCCAGUCAAUGUGAAACAUUAUGAGUGGCAGCUGUUAAAUGGACGCCAGUGGCUGUCAAUUGACAACGACCAUGUGAUCGAGACCCACUACUGCCAACCUGGAGCUAAAGGAAUCACCAUCAACAUUAACCAUAGGCCGGUGUUCAUAGAGUUUGAUAAGUUGGAGACUCAGACAGCAGGUCUGAGGGUCCAGAGACUAAGCUUCCUCCCUCAGGGCCAGACGGAGGACGUGGGCUGGUACUUCAGAGACGACCAGCUGUGGCGUGAAUAUGGAUCCCAGAGCUCCGGCAUGUCGUCCUCGUCAAUCAGCAGCGGAGACGUUGAGCGUCAGUUCGCUCUGAACCCUCGGGGAACCUUCAGCUUCACAGUCGGCUCCAUGGGCUACUCGCUCGACUUCUCCACCAUGACACAAACAAACUGCAUCACAGGCCUGCGCAGGAACGUACGAAGGCGUCCGAAAUUCACUUCCAACACAGAGAGCUUUGACUCCACAUCAGUUUCGUCCUCCCAGCUCACUGAUGAAGGCUACAAGUGGGAGUUCAUGGGAGAUGAGGGGAUUUGGACAGAAUAUAAAGCAUAUAUAUGUUCAUUUGACAGCACUGCCAUUGAGAGACAAUACCAGCUGAAUCCACAAGGCCAGCUGCACUUCAACAUCAACAGAUACUCGUACACUCUGGAUUUUUCAAGAAUGUGUCAAGUCAAUGACAAAAUCGGGACUAAAAGAGCAGUGAGGAGGACUGCUGACAAUGGGAGUCAACAGAACAGCAGUUCGGGCACACUGCCACGAUGGCAAUUUCAAGAUAUCGGUGGAAUAUGGGGCGAUUAUUCCAAAGACAGCAGCGUUUCCAGUCAGGACAUCGAGCUCCAGUACCAACAGAACCCGUCAGGCACCAUGAUGUUCAGCACCAGGAACUUUAGCUAUGAGCUGAACUUCUCAGCCAUGAGUCAGCAGAACCUGUCCACCAGCACUACCAGAUCAGUGCGACGACUUAACCAGUGACUGUGGGACGACACAAGGGUCGAAGGUCGGAGGUCAACUUAACGACAAAAUGUAGACCCUUUCUCAACUCUGCAGCUUACCUUACUACCAGCAAAACACACCCAAUUUUUUGACCAAUUUGCCUAGUUGGGUUGCAUUGUGGGUAAUGUAGUCACCUGGUUCUGACAAAGAAGAAGAAUGCAUGGAAUAAAACAAGAUGAUGCCUCCGGUUCUGCAGCUUCAACUGUGGUACCUCGUUUUAAAAUGUCCAUCACUAGUCCGACAGAGUGAAACGCUGAAUCAAUGGAGGACUUCACGUCUAGCUUACACUAAAAAACAAUGUUUAACAUAACUGCCAAUUUUUAAUGCGUCUUAAAAUGUUGAUGAUUCAUGAAUACUGCUGUGUAAUCAGGGCACUUGUAAUGUUUACCUUUUGACAAAAUACCUCUCCUAACUUAAAACCAAAGGGAUGUUUACUUUAAUGUUUCGUUUAAAACUGCCAUGUAAUCGUUUUCUUUUCUAAAUUAAAAGUGACACACACUC